CAAGCCUAAGCCUGGCCACUACAACAUCAGUCAGUACUUGUAACCAAGCCUAAGCCUGGCCACUACAACAUCAGUCAGUACUUGUAACCAAGCCUAAGCUUGGCCACUACAACAUCAGUCAGUACUUGUAACCAAGCCUAAGCCUGGCCACUACAACAUCAGUCAGUACUUGUAACCAAGCCUAAGUCUGGCCACUGCAACAUCAGUCAGUACUUGUAACCAAGCCUAAGCCUGGCCACUACAACAUCGUUGGAUAUCCUCGCACACUGCCAUCAUGACGGAAAAAUACCUCUUCAACCAGACUGGGAUCGUGGAAGAGAUCUUCCUGCCAGGAAAAGCCAUCCUGACCUUUGCUCUGCACAACAAGGCCCAGCGAGUGCUGCUCUGGGUCAAAGGUUUUGUCCAUCAGGGUAAGAACCUUGACAAAUCAGACACAUUUGCUGGCAAACUUCGCAUUGGUGAACGGAUACACUUCGACUGUCAUGUUUAUGACAAGGAGUCAAGUGACAACUGCCAGUGGUACGCAGCUCGAGCAUCGAAAGAGCCUCCGGAAGAACUACAUAUCCGGCCAACAGUUCCACGCGUCAUUAACCAGAAUGGUUAUGUGUCAGAACUAGAUCCUGGGAAAGGUGUCAUUCUUUUUGACUUUUACGAAGAGGAGCAGAGAGUAUUCUUCAUGAGAUCCAAAUUCUACCUUUUUGGAAAACGACCAGCAGGCAAGCGAAGUCUCAAAGAAUUCCUCAGUGAAAACGACCCCCUCCAGUUUGACGCUGAGAUGUGCGAGGCUAAUGACGACAACUUCAACUGCACUUGGUUCGCCACCAUCGUAUGGAAGGGCAAGAAACCUCAGGUUAGUGGCAUCAAUGCACAUAUUGGUGUCAUGACCACUGAUGAUGUGUCAGCUGAUGACAGUGCCAGUAACGCCGGGGGUGUCAGCAGGGAGCUGCUCAGUGCCGACGAAUUCCCCUCUUUAAGCAGACCUCCUGGACUACUAGACUAUAGACACAGCUACAAGACAUUUGAGGUCAACGGCACUAUCCGCGAGGGUAAAGGGAAUGUUCUGAAGCUCUUCAACGAAGAGUGCGGCAUCGCCUUGUGGAUGAUACACCGUAAUACCUGGGAAACUGUCUUUUUUCAUCGCAAGAACUCGUACCUUGAUAGUGUGUCGCUAAGUAGCUUUGAUCUCCAAGAAUCUUUCUCAGAAGGAACAUCCUUAGACAUCUCGGCAGUUCCAGCUAUUCCUGAGUUUCCAUGCCGGUGGAUAGCACACAAGGCCAUUGCAAGAUGUUGACGAUUCUUUCCAUAGCAACAUUAAACUAUUAUUUAUA